UUUCCUUGUCGUUCAUACACACACAAGUACAUUAGACAACUGUGGUGUCAAAUUACUUAAGAUUAGCUUUGAUUUGUUACUUGGAAGGUCUCUGUAAUAACUAACUGGCUCGACGUUUAGCAUGUGCUCCGUAUUGUUGACCUAAAAUGACCUCGACUUUCUGCGUUUAUCUUUCGUUAACAAGGUGAAGGGAUACUAUUCUCUCGGGUUUUGAUAUUAUACUUCCACAUUCUGUGGUAAAAAUAUUCUAUUGGAAGAGAAUUUGUAGCAGCCAUGGGUCAGGAAAAACCGUUUGGGACGAGAAGCGAAAACGACUACAAAAGAAGAUACUUUAGCUUUUACAAAUUCAGACUACGCGUGUACCUUUGUGCGUUUCUGUGUUUAGUUGCCGUGGGAUUUAUUGUGGCAAGUUUAUUCAUCCAAGUAUUCAACUCUUCUCCUCUAUUUCCUAAAACGUACGAGAUGGCAGAGGGAGAUAUGAGAAUCAUCAAAGUUUCGACUACAUUUUGUGGAGGAAUUUCACUCGAACAAUCGAAGCUAACGCGAAGUCUCAGCACUUUUAGUGAAUUGAAGUUGGCCAAAGAGAAAAGCGUGGCAAACAUGACGCUUGACAUCUUGAUUCCCUUCCGUAAAUAUUGGUACAAGUCGUAUUAUCUCUUAAAAGGCUCUACUAUCCAGAUAGAAGCGAGUUCAGAUAACUUCUUACAGCUUUUGAUUUUCAAGGGAAGAUCAAACCUCGAUGGAUGGAUUGACAAGGAGAGCCGUCAACACAAAACAAGACCGAUUAACAGCAACAACCACAACAAAAGAACUCGAAUAUCGUUUGUUUACCAAAUCACCCAGGAAGGGAAUUAUUAUAUUUUAUUUCGACAUAUUUCUGGGGACUCUCAACUACCAAAAUUGUCGCUGGCGUUGUCUAUAACUCGUGAACUUUACGAUAUCUCUUCAGCAGUUUACUCUUGUAACGCUGCCUUUGGACAAAGCUGUUACGCACGGCUUUUGUUUAAUUCCAAUGAGAGAACAUUACUAAAGGUUUCGGGGUCAAGUAAAUACCUUUAUAUGAAGAAUAUACCAACGACGUGGUAUUGUCAACCUCGUAUAUGGUUUUUUCUCGUGGUGUUUGGAGUUGGUUAUGUUUUUUGCGUGAUACUUGGAUUAUUUAUUUAUAUUUUGUUGAUGAACAGAAAAAGAGAGUCCUUGUUUUGUGGACCGCGUAAACCUAGUGUGAAAUCACAGAACAGUUUCUCUGCUGGGUCAUCGCACAAUGGAGGGUCUCUUAAGCGUAAAAAUAGCAAAGACGGGUCAAUCAAGGGCCCUCCAAGUCGCACUUCAAGUUUUCGUAGUCAAAGAAACCGUCCUUUGUCUGCCAAUGGUUCGUUAGUACGCCAUAAGCAUGACACGUCGUUACCUUCAGUCAUUCCUCAUAUAUACAAAGGGGACAAUACGGACGAGGAAGAUGCAGGUCAAAACAUUGAUCAAGAAUCAACAUCCCCAAGACAGUCAUUAUUGCACCGCGCUCCUUCUUUAGAAAAUAUCUCAAUCGCUUCCUAUGACACCACGAUGUCUCUCCCGGUAACUUUUAGUACUUUCAAAACUCAACUUUUCGACGCGGAAACCGCAAGUUGUCAUUCAUUCGACGUGGACAGUAGUUUGAGACGGCAUCGAAAUCGUCACCACCCGCUACUCCACCAAGAAUUAAAGAGGGAUCGUGAGAUUAUCAGCGCUCGAGUGCGCGCGCGCUUCGAGGCUCAAGAACAGGAACAACGUGCUUCACAUCAGAGUGACUCCCAGUUAUACCAGAAUAGCAGGAGUUUAACGCUUCCGACACGAAUUUCUCCCGUUCGUCGUGCGAGACGUGAUUUUUAUCGCGAUUUAGAGCUCGCGUCCCAGCAUGAGGGAGAAUGUCGUUCUCAUCGCAGUGAUACUCAGCUUAACUCUGACCAGGAAACCAUGACACUACCUCGAGAAGGUCGCGCUAAACGUGAUUUUAACCGUGAACUGGAUCUCGCGCGAAAACAGGAGCGUGAUCGUCUUCAACAAGGUGAUUCUGCGCUUGGAUAUGACCAGAAAACAAUGGCAACACCUCGAGAUGGUCACGCAAAACGGGAUUUUUACCGGGGCUUGGAUUUUGCAGGAAAUCAAGAACGUGAGCCACUUCUAUCUAAUGAGAUUGAUUCCCAAGUUGAUGUUAAAUACUUGACACUGCCUAGACCGUCUCGUGAGCGUCCCAAGCGUGAUUUCUACCGUGAUUUAGAGCUCGCAAGUAAGCGUGACAUUAACCACAACAAAAUCACAACAAGCAAGGAUAACUCAACGCAUGGGCCUGACAGUGAUUGUGAGAGAGAAUGUGACCGUGUUCUAGAACAUGUCGAUCUUUAUCGUCCAAAAUAUCGAAAAUUAGAAAGCUAUUUUGAACAAGAUGAUUCCGAUCAGUGUUCGAUUGGUGACGUACUAGACCGAAUAGCCGACGAAGAUAAGCCGAAAAGGGCGGCAACGUUACCUCGUUUGCAUAAAACAUUAAGUAAUGGUUUCCCCCCUCAAACGAUAAGAGCCAAACCAGUAGAGGAUCAUGAGGAUCAUUUAGUAGUUAUAGCACAAGAAAUACCAGAUGGAGAAAUUCAUAAGAAGAAAAAGAGCGAAAAGAACAAAUCCUCGAACAAGAAGGACGUAAAGUUACGGAAUCACUCAAGCAGGCGGAAGGAUAAUUUUUGGAAGCCUAGAUUAUCUAUAGUGUCAGAAGUUUAAUAGAUUACAUUCGUUCUCACUAGCACGCGCAAAAUCGCCGUCGCGUCAAAGUAGGUUUUGGUGGGGUGGGUUUCCAUGACAUUCCUUAGCCACGCGCCAUCGGAAACUCCAGUAUUUCCCAACAUGUCUUUGAACCCUUUGAUUGACGUCCACCAAAAUCCUAUUUUGUCUCGACGGCGAAGUUAGAGAUUCCGCCAGUGUGAUAGGGAAGAACUUUUGAAAAGCUACCAUCAAGUGCUUGUAGGAUUACUGACUAGAUCACCCAGGUCGUAGAUCAAUAGUACAGAAACUGGUGUCACUGGUGAUAAUUGCAUUUCCAGACGUGGAUGUGUAAACAAUAGAGCGUUUUCACGUGACGUUACCGCGGCCAUGUUAGUGUACCAAAACAACACCUUUCCUAUCCUCGAGGAAUUGAACUUUAUUUUCGUGAAAAAAUUGUGCACAAAGUUUGUUUUGUUUGGUACACCAAUAUGGCUUCCUUGUCACGUGAGUGAAACACUCUGUAGGGCGCGCAUUUAGGUGGGGUUGGUUUGGUUGGGUCACGUUCACGUACCAUGACGUCAUGACAAUAGUUCGCUAAUAUACCUUUUCAACUAGGAUGUAAUGGCUUCUUAUCGAGCGCAUGCCAGAUACUUUAUAAUGACUUAAAACUGAAAUGUGAGUCAGAUAAAUUUAGUGAACAUCAUUUGGGUUGUCACGCAACGCUGCUUUUCCUACAAAGAAACGUAACAACUCAAGGCUCUCUUCUCAUGAGUUUUUCUUUCCUGUUAAAAAUAGAAAGUCUCUCCAAAAGAGGCCUCCUGCAAAGAAGGCCAUUAGGGUCGUCACGCAACGAUUUUCUCCCUACAAACUACCGUGACGACCUAAGGAUUCCUAGAGAGGAGGUUUGUCCAACAGAGACUUUUAUUCAUCAUUCAUCAUCAAUUCGUCUUCCUGAAUCAAACUACCCCAGAGAUUGUUUCAGUUUUCGUGACAAAAAGUUAAUGUUAUAUUGGAGAACGUUGCACCUAACCUGUAACGUCUGCUAGCGAGACCCAGAAGUAGGCUUAAGAGAAAAACAGCAGACUAAAGCAUUAUUAUUAAAGAGUUUAUUAUUAAUAUUA